AUGAUUCGGCGUAUUAACAGCUGGCGUGAAUUCAGAAAUCAGGCAAGUCCCACUAACAGCUGUGGUGCCCCACUGACCCCACCUUGGGGUAAGUCUUCGACCCCUGAACCACAAGGGGACAGGAGCAAGGAUGCCGGGGAACAGCCUAUAUUCACCACUAAAGCCCAUGUAUUUCAAAUAGACGCAAACACAAGAAAGGAUUGGAUUCCGGCCAGCAAGAGCUCUGUCAGUGUCUCGUUCUACUAUGACAGCGCCAGAAACACCUACAGAAUCAUCAGUGUUGAUGGGUCGAAGGCUGUUGUCAAUAGUACAGUCACACCUAAUAUGACGUUUACCAAAACAUCACAAAAGUUUGGCCAGUGGUCAGAUCUUCGAGCAAAUACUGUUUAUGGUCUGGGUUUUUCUUCUGAGCAAGAACUAACAAAGUUUAUCGAAAAAUUUAAAGAAAUAAAAGAGCUAACUCGUGAAGCCACCCAGCAUAAACAUGUAGAAGUGAAUGGUGUUGUCGAUGGUCAUAUUACAUCACCACAAGCUUCAAGGCAGUCACUACAUCAACGAACUGGCAGUCUUUCUUCUAUACAGAAUGAAGCAAGUGGAAUUCGAGAGCGCAGGAACUCUUUCACACACGGUGGUAAUAAUGGUCCAUCCAGCAAUUCAUCAGAGGCACAUCUCAAGUAUGAGAAUGACCGCUUAAAACUAGCACUGGCACAAAGCUCAGCAAAUGCAAAGAAAUGGGAAAUCGAGCUGCAGACAUUGAAGAGCAAUAAUACCAGGUUGACGGCAGCCCUGCAGGAGAGUACUGCCAAUGUGGAUGAGUGGAAGAAGCAACUGGCAGCAUUUAAAGAAGAGAAUUUGAAGCUGAAAAAGAAGUUGCUGGAUCAAGAUAAAGGCAGUGGUGGUGGCAGUGAUCCACUCUUGGUAUCACAACUGACUGAUCAGAUUGAAAGACUCCGUCUGGAUAAUUACAACAAACAAGAGGAAAUCAGAAGACUGAAUAGUGAUAUUCAGGAGCUAAAAGCAAGAGAUGGUCCAAGUGCAAUGUUACAAUCCCGCAUACAGCUGCUUGAGGAAGAGAACCACUCUCUGAGUAAGAGACUUCAAGACUAUCAGAGACAACUCUUGGAUACAAGAACAUCAAAAGAGCAAGAAAGCAGAGAACUGAUCCGACUUGAGGAGCAUUUAGGCUCCAGGAUAAAUGAGCUGUUUGAAACACACAAAACCAUUGUUGCCAAACUGAAACAAGACUUCAAAAGCUAG